AUGUCAUCUAAUAAUAUCAUAUCAAUAGAGAACUUUUUCGAAGUUGUGAUCAUAGGAGGAGGUCCUUGUGGUCUCGCGGUGGCCGCAAGGCUCUGCGAAGCUACUGCUGGCUCAAUUUAUACGGAAGACGAGCAUCAAAGAUUUCACUGGCUUAAAAAAAGAGGACCCAAAUCUGGGAAAGUACUUCGUGGUGCUAAAAAAGAAGCACAUUUCGAGCUGCCAAGCAAAUUCUCAGCUUCGGAGAUUUUGGUGUUGGACGCUGUCUCAGACUCGUUCAUGGGUCAGUGGGACAAUCAAUUUGCGAGCUGUCAAGUACCUACUUUGAGAUCACCUAUGUUCUUUCACCCAGAUCCAGUCAACCUUGACGGAAUGAUUACUUAUGCUUACCAAAAUAAACGAGAGAAAGACCUCACAGAGAUACAAAAUGUUGUUGGAAAAGAGUAUUCAAAGCAUCAACAAAAGCGCGUUAUAAAGAAGAACACAAAAAAAUUGGCUUCACCAUUAAAGGGGGAAUCUCGCAACGACGACCGACCUGGUCUCAUUGAUAUAAAUAUGAGAGACUACAGAGAUUACUAUCGACCAUCAACAAAAUUUUUUAAGGACUUUUGCGGUGAUAUCGUUGACCGAUAUAAGCUUGCGUCCAGUAUUAGAAAAGACCGAGUUGUUUCUUUAAACUAUGGAGAUUUUGAUAUAAUGGAAGAAAACAGAACUGUGACAGGCUUCAUUGUUGAGACUGAGAGCGGAAAAAUUUAUGGCUGUCAAAAUUGUGUAGUGGCAAGUGGACAUGAUGGUAUUAUCAACUAUCCAAUUCUGGGAUUGGCGGAUGCAAAUGCUAGCUUGAACCAGGCUUGUCAUACAACACACAUUUUUUCAAAAAGAAUUUCGUACCCACCUCCUAUUAUCUCUGAAACGCUAGCCCAGAAAAAAGAGGCGUCUAUCGUUAUUGUUGGGGGCGGGUUGACAUCAGCUCAGCUCGCGCAUAUUUCAUGUAAUCUUGGUGUCAAGGUAACUUUAGUUUUGAGAAGCUUCAUUAAGAUCAAGCAUUUUGAUUUUCAUUUGGACUGGGUCACCAAAUACAAGAAUUUGAAGAAGUCUUCGUUUUACAUGCUUGAUACAGAUGAAGAAAAGCUUCAACUCAUUCAUGAUUCUAGAGAGGGGGGACUGAUCAACCCGGAGUAUCACAAAAAAAUUCAGAAACAUGUGAACAGUGGAAUGCUUCGAAUUCUAGACUACAGCACAAUUACAAACGCUGAACACAGAGAUGGGAGAUGGAAUCUUACCAUAUGCGAAAAUCGUCCGGACAAGGAGUCUCGUAAAUUUGAAAUGUCAACAAACUACGUCCUUUGUGCAACAGGAAUUCAACCAGACGUUUCUAAUUUGGAGUUCCUUCAACCUAUCGUCAAAGAUUAUCCUAUUGAUUUUGUUGGUGGACUUCCAUGUCUCACCGAUGACUUGCGAUGGUGCAAAGAUUUGCCUUUAUAUAUGGUAGGCAAAAAUGCCGCCCUUCGUGUUGGUCCUACGUCUGCAAAUCUAGACGGUGCAAGAGUUGGUGCUGAAAGAGUUGGGUGGAAAAUACAAGAUGAAUACAACAGCACCAGAAGCAGCCACACACAGAUGAGUACCAGUCUUAAAAUUGCACUCAACCAGGAGAACAGAUACUCGGUACUACAAAGCGUUGAAUGCUAA